GCCUCCGCUAGCGGCGGCGACGAAAGGUCGAGGGCUGCAAGGUCCACUGGCGUCAAGGUGGUGGCGGCCACGAGCUUGUGUGCACCGGAGUCUUCGACGAACCCAGCCUCGUGCCACGUCCGACGGCCUUCCUCAAAAAAACGAAAGUGGAACUGCAGGCUGUGCAGGUAUCUCUGCUCGAAGAGAAGGCGAAUCUACUCAAGGAGAUGGAAAACUGGCGGAGAACUUUAGAGCAACUGAGGGCGGAUAAUGACAAGCUACAGCUCCUUUAAUCUUCUCGCCAAGAAGCUAGAUCGAUAAGAAGACAGACACGGCAACUAGUCAGUUCCAGUUUCAGCAAUGGAGUCCAAGAACCAGCUUGUGAUCAUGGAGGAAGAGCCAGAAAUCAGCAAGAGCAAGAAGAUCAAAGGUGAGAAGAAGGAAUACAAAUUGAUGAGCUACGACGAGCUGCCGGAGUACAUGAAGGAGAAUGAGUACAUAAGGGAUCACUACAGGGCUGAGUGGCCUAUGAAACAUGCACUCCUCAGCCUCUUCUCUUGGCACAAUGAAACCCUCAAUGUCUGGACGCAUUUGCUGGGAUUCAUAGCGUUCUUGGGAUUAACUUUUAUGCAUCUCAGUCGUCAUGUGCCAGAGGUGGCUGAUUUCCUCGGACAUCUAACUUGGUCAAUUCAUGCAAGUACAGUAGAGAAUGUCUCCAGCAAUCUGGGAAAUUUCUUUGAGGAAGCCGCGUCGUUGAUUAAGUUGCCGGAUUCGACUACAUCAAGCGAAUGGCCGGAAGCUGCAGAGGCUGCCCGAUGGCCCUUCUUCGUGUUCCUCGGCGGCUCGAUGUUCUGCCUGCUGUCGAGCAGCGCGUGCCACCUUCUCUGCUGCCACUCCCACCGCCUCAACCUCUUCCUCCUCCGCAUGGACUACGUCGGCAUCGCUGUAAUGAUUGUCGCCUCCUUCUUCCCGCCUAUCUACUACGUGUUCCAGUGCGACCCUCACUGGCAGGUCACCUACCUCGUCGCCAUAUCCGCCAUGGGUUUCGUCACGGUCUUCACACUCCUCUCUCCGCAGCUAUCCACAGGCGAGUUCCGGGCCUACCGCGCGCUGCUGUUCUCGGGGAUGGGCUUCUUUGGCUUCGUGCCGGCGGUGCACGCGAUCGUCGUGAACUGGGGCGAGCCGCGGCGGAAUGUGACUCUGGCUUAUGAGGCAGCCAUGGCGGCCUCCUACUUGACUGGGACCAUCUUCUACGUGACGAGAGUGCCGGAGCGAUGGAAACCGGGGCGGUUCGACAUCGCCGGACACAGCCACCAGAUAUUCCACUUGUUCGUGAUAGCCGGCGCCGCAGCGCACUACGGCGCGGCCGUCGUCUUCCUGCAGUGGCGCGACCACGUCAGAUGCGCGGUGGGCCCCUCCUUGUGACGUCAGCUAGCUCAAUUCUGCAGCUCAGUUUGUUUUUUUUUUUUUUUAAAAACUAUUAUUUUUUUUUUAAUAAGGGUAGACGGCCUUCCCUAGUUCCCUAUCCGGUAAAUUCAGUGCAUUUUAUGUAUAAUCAGAAGCCAAAAAAAUAUUAUU